ACCAGUAAAAACCACUAUGAAUGCACAUUUUGACAACUUUGCAUAAUAAAAAUUUCGUUGUACUUAUUUAUCGUUAUAUUAAUAAACUUUUAAGUAAUACAACAAAUAAAUUGAAUAAAGUAAAAAGUACAUUACAUGUUAUUUCGGAAAAUGACGCAAUUAGAAACAAAAUGUUGCUGCAAAGACAAGAUAUUGUCGUCUAUUACCAAUUGCACUGAAUUGGACCCUGCUCUCUGUCAAGAGUUACAUAAAAUCAUCGAGACAAUCGCUGCACCUGGAAAAGGAUUAUUGGCCUGUGACGAGUCACCAUUGUCCUUGAAUGAGAGAUUCCAUAUGCUCGGCAUAGAAAAUACGGAAUCGACGAGACGUGAUUAUCGAGAGAUGUUGCUCUCCGCGGACAAGACUCAACUUUCGCGAUACAUCAGUGGUGUGAUUAUGCAUUGUGAGACCAUCUAUCAAAGAACAUCGGAAGAUGUGGAGUUCAUCGAAUUCUUGCGUCAAAGGAACAUUGUAGCCGGUGUGAAGAUUGACCAAGGUCUGGUGCCGCUCUUCGGCACCGAAGAUGAGAAAACCACACAAGGUCUGGAUGAUUUACAAGAGAAUUGUAUUCGAUACAAAAAAGAAGGCUGUCACUUUGCCAAAUGGAGAUGCGUUUUCUCGAUGUCGGAACGAUGUCCUAGUCAACUUGCGAUGACCACCAAUGCAAACGUUCUUGCGAGAUAUGCCAGCAUCUGCCAGCGUGCACGAAUGGUUCCCAUAGUGGAACCGGAAAUAUUGAGCAAAGGCGAACACGAUAUAAAUCGGACUUUGCAAGUUCAUGAAGAGAUGCUAUCCAUUCUGUUUCGUGUUCUGAAUAAGCAUCAUGUAUAUCUUGAAGGAAUGGUUUUAAAGCCGGCAAUGGUACUGCCAGGAAUAAAAAAUGAGAUAAAAUGCACACCGCAGAUUAUCGCUGAGUAUACACUAAAAGCAUUACGAAGAACAGUUCCUACGGCGGUUCCGGCGAUAUUUUUUUUGAGUGGUGGUCAAACUGACGAGGAAUCUGUGCUAAAUCUUAAUGCCAUUAACGCGUACGAUGAUAAAAAACCAUGGAGACUCAGUUUUUGUUAUGGACGUGCUCUGCAGGAUACAGCAAUGAAAGUAUGGACUAAUAAUCCGAAAAACAUAGAAAAGGCUCAAGCGGUACUCCUUGAAAGAGCCAAGCUAUGUUCCGAGGCAUCUUUAGGAAAAUUACAGCUUGGAGAGAACAACAUAUGCACUUGAAACAUCAGCAACAUAUUGAUUAGUCAACAAUAUUGGUGGUCCAAGGAAAAAUCCGAAGAUAACUUAUUAUUUAUCAUUCAUUGCUGGGUAAACACCAAGACGAAGAGGACCAGGCCGGGAGUCAUUUUUAUCAAUAUAUUAUAUUGUGUAUGUGUGAUAAGCUAAUGCAGUGAUUACAAAAAAGGAGGCGUGUCCGACAGUAUUCACGUCCGGGUGCGUCAACCUUUGACCCAUGCUUUGAAACACAUGCACUAAUUUCUAUGAAUGUCGAACAAGGUGCCCUUGGCUGACCUCUAAAAUGGCGGUUCUCAACGCAAGUCUCUCGUGCGCGCGCUUGUCUGUCUACUGGUCGAUAUGUCGUUAUCCCCGUCAGAUCCCUACGCUCAUCGACGCUCCAUCGACUCUUUUUUUUGAACAACUCCUCACCACGUGGUACAUGCCAGUUAGUCGUAAAAAUAAGCAUGCUGAAAAGUGACUAAAAGGACAAUAGUUAAGAAAAAACUACUCGGACAAUAAACUCAUCUUUUGUAAGCCACGUGAAAUGACGGAAGUCGAUCAGCUGAUUGCGUACUCGCACUGCCUUUGACGUUUUCAUGGAAGUUGAGCACCCAUGCGAAU